CAGUGGGAGGAUUAAGAGUUUAUGGGUGGGUGUAUUUGAGAGGAAAGGAUCUGUUUUCCCUCCAGCAUGGAAACUGAAGGGCCGUUGGGAUGUCUGUGGUAGGGAGCAGUUUGGGUCUGCCUGUAACAAUCCCUCUGCUACGAAAUAGCUGCUAAGCACUGCUGCAAACUACAAGAGCUGGCUGCGAACAGUCAAGCUACGCUGACCAGAAAGAAGAUAGCAGGCAUCUGUAUGACUUAACCAGGAAGUGUAACAAUCUAGCAAAGAGGCCAAACACCAGAACAAGAGAAUGGCAGAAAAUGGAGACCAAGAGUCUCCUCAGGUUUGCCCAGCUCAAGAAUGGAGGAGACAAGUGAUGGAGAAGACUUCCCAGGCCCAAGAGACUGAAAAUGCACCGAGGACCGGUCAAGAAAAGGUGGUGGAGGAUUCUGGUGCUGUCCAACUGCAAGCCUCUCCAGAAAUAGAAACGCUAGGCCCCCAAGAGACGAGCUGUGUGUCUGGAAGCCCUCUAACAGUCGGCGAAGAGCUUUCAUCAGAGGAAAGACCAGUGAGUUCUGAUGGCAUUUCUCUGAAAACAUACCCUGUGGAAUCUCCAGGCCUUCUGAACCUUACCACAAGAUGUCCUCCAAACCCAAUGAAGUUACCAGACUGCUCCCCGGAGAAAGACGCGGUAUCUUCAUUAGGUGAAAAGAAAGUGCAUUCAGUGCUAGCUGCUGUGGAGGAGAACAUCCCAGAGGAACCCACAAUAGAAGAGGAGAGCGAUGUAACCACUCUCAGAGGAGAGCUACAGGAUCCCGCCAUGCAAGAACCCGCACUGUCAUCUGCAGACUUCCUGGACCCAACAGGAGAAACUACCUCAAACAAGGAAGGAGAGAGACUCCAGGACACAGUGAAGAAGAGACAUUUGACUGCAGGGGCGAAGACAGAGGCUGAAUCCCAUCCACAAGAGACCAAGGCCAGGCAGGGAGCAACGCAGAAGGAGAAAUCGUUUUUAGGCAAUGGCUUUGCCUUUCCUGCGUCACUGGGAAUCCUGUUUGCUGUGGUGUGUUUCGGCAUAUACUGCAAUGGCUACUAUACUUCCCAGCCCCAACACGUGCCAAAAAAUCCAGUCGUGGAGGCCUUCUUGUCUGGGUUUCACCAGCUGAAGGACAGCUUUCCGGGCCAGAGCGCCCAUCUGUGGCUCAGAGGGCGUAAGUUACUGCAGAGGCAUCUCAACACUUCCAGUCCUACCGAGCCAGCUAUUUUAAUCUUUACCGCUGCCCGGGAAGGCGAAGAAACCUUAAAGUGCCUGAGCCACCGUAUUGCAGAGGUCUACUCCACCUCCCUCCAUGCCAGCACAAUCCAGAUUGAUGGCGCUGGGAAAGCCAGGCUCAGCAGCGACACGGCCAAGCUGGAAGUAGAUCGUGAGCUGAGCGCCGGCUUCGAGGAGGGCAAGAGGGCCGCCGUGGUGCACCGGUUUGAGUCACUGCCGGCGGGCUCCACCUUGAUCUUUUACAAGUACUGCGACCACGAGAGCGCUGCCUUCAAAGACGUGGCGCUGCUCUUCACAGUCCUGCUGGAGGAGGAGAAGCUGGAGGCUAAUAUAGAUCUACUGCGGGCAGAGGAGAGAGUCCGCGAUUUCCUCUGGGCCAGAUUCACCAAUGCCGACACUCCCAGCUCCUACAACCACAUGGACACCGACAAGCUGAGUGGUUUAUGGAGCCGCAUCUCCCACCUGGUCCUGCCCGUCCAUCCCGUGAAAGCCAUAGAGACCUACGGCUGUUCUCUCCAAGCCAAACCGUAGAGGUUAAUGAAGUCAGCUUCCAGGCUAGCCAAA